GCAUUCUUAUGUCUACAAUGUAACUACUUCCUUGUUUCAUGCAUCGUAAACGUCAUUGUCAUUCAUACAAACAAUAAGAUAUGUUUUAGAGAUACACCCCGAAUGUAGCUCAAAACUAUCGGAGAAGGAAAACAUGAUGUCUGGGGAACAGGAUUUUUCAGCCCUCGAAUAUCAGUUGGUAAACGUGUCCGAUCCUGCAGUUCUUUUGGAAUUUUAUGCACCAAUCCAGGAUUCGCUCUCUGUUAUUAACAAUGCCUUGGGUACGCUUGCACAAGAAGGUGAUGGAAUGAUUAGAGAAAGGCAAGAAGUUCUGAGAGUGCUUGAGGACCAAGUUACAAAGGGUUUACAGACAAUAUCACAAUGGACAGAAUGUGCAGAGAAGAGCAUCAAAAAGGGCAAUCUGUCAAACUGGAUGCACUCACUGGCGUUUAUAAAGGAAAACGAGAAGGUGAUGACAGGUGUAAACGAGAUCAUGGAAAAGAUAAACAAUUUAAGAUCAGAAAACUUGGAAACACUUCGAAGAACUAUAGCUCCAGUGCAAGAAAAAAUUACAAUAUUUAUAAGGUUUGCUGAGGAACGCUCACAAAAAAACCUCAUUCGUAUAGAGAGAGAUGGUAAGAUAAGUGAAUCAAAUAUACCCGACCUGUCUGUCUCCCCGUGGGAGUACCAAGAACGUGUGGACAAAAUGCCUACAUUAGACCCAUUCCAAACGAUGGAGUCCAAUGUCUAUUGGUUUGAAAUUUCCAAACAACGAUGUGUUGCAAAACAAGAAACGGGACAAGCACUGAAUUUCUAUGUUGCAACAAAAGCUGUACAGCAAACAGAUGAAAUCGUUUUACAGGCGAAUGUACUCAAUGAGGGAAAAUGGAAACUAUUUGAGACCCAUUGUCACGGAGACUAUGUCGUUUUCAGAUCAGAAAAGGUGGAGGCUUUCUUUAUCCUAGGAACACCAAAAGAAAGAGAAUUCGUUGUGGAUCCAUCGGGGAGUCACUAUGUUCACAAAACAGACGAACGUGUUUGUCUGGAUUUUCCUGAAGGGUCUGUUAAAGAAUCCGAAACGUUUAGAGUUACGAUAUUUCCUGUAAAAGUAGAUGAGAUGAAGAAAAGAAAAGAAAAAUUCCCCGAUCAGUACAAGUUUCUCUCUGUAUCCAAGGGGAUACAAGUAAAAGGAAACGCUUUCAGUAAAGCAGUCCAGGUUCAUCUACCAUUGGAAACUAUAGAAAAUGCUGUUGGAAAAGAUGAUGAGAUGGAUAUUGAAUAUGUGUUUUUUCACAUUGACGGUGAUAUAGUUACACGGCUGAGAAAUCAACAAGUAGAAAAGCGGAAUGACACAAUCGUCACAAACGUGGAAAAGUUUAGCACCUAUGUUGGAGCAGGGGUCAGACGGGGAAGUAUUGAUAGUAUGAGCAGCAUGGAGGCACUUAUCUCUCUUGGCCUCAAAUACCAUUGUAAACUUGUCACCUUCGUAAAGAAAUUGACGGAGGAUUAUGUGCAAGUUUGGUGCGAGUUAGUGAAAAAAGAAGAUUGGAAGGAAAUUGAAGAAAAACGUCUGGAAGAUCAUCCAACACUUCAGAAAUUGAAAGAUGCAGACUCGAAAGACAUAUUUAUUUCAGAACUACAGCGCUUAAGAGUUGAUGUUAAGGGGAACUCCUUUGUAGGCCCAGAAACUCCGAAAAAUUCAUUGCUUAUUACAUUUUUUCCAAUAGCAGACGACAAUCAUAUAUUCCCGCCUUUACGCAAAAGAGGAGGCAUGCACGGGGCUCCUUAUUCCACGAUCACGUACAGCAUGGAUUCCGGAAAAAAGACGUCUCUACACACACUCACGUUUGAUCCCUGGACAUUGCCCAAAACCACAUCUCGAAAACCUCCACGGGGAGUUAACGAACUUGAUCAGUCACGUAAAUCCAUGAACUACCCAGCAGAAAAGAGUCAACGAUCGUUACCAAAAAGCGCAAAGAUAACUGACACUAAGCCAAGGGCUGGACCAGAAUCUUCUCAUGCACAAGUUGCACUCUCGCAUAAAACCAAAGAUUAUUAUUCGAAAAACUUUGAGAAAUUUCUCGAAGAUUUUAAGAUAAUGUUUAUUGGAGAAAAAUGUCACGAAAAUGGAAUAGAUAAUUUGGAGACAUUUCUAAUGCUGGAAAAAGAGGACCUAAUGAAUAUCCUUGGAGUAAACCUCGGGGACAGUCUGAAAUGCAAGAAAGCUCAACAGAAAUUUAGGGACUUAGAGAGAUAGCCAAUUACACAAGAAAGGAUUGCAGUUAGAGAUAUGAUAUUUCCU